AUGGCUGAACAUCCUUCCUUUACACUUGCCGCUCUCCUUCCUGCCGGGGGUGUCUUGGGAUAUCUAAAGUCGCGCUCAGCACCAUCAUUAAUCGCGGGUGUGGGACUUGGACUUUCAUAUGGAUAUGCUGGUUAUCUGAUCAAAGAAAAUAAGGACUACGGAACUGAGCUGGCCUUGGUAAACAGUGUAUUGCUGCUGGCUUCCGCAAUCCCUAGAGUCAUCAAGACGCAAGCCAAGUUCCCCAUGCCCAUAAUUCUCGCAGUCACCGGAUCUUUGUCAACUUUCUACUACCAGAAAAAAGCCCGGGAGUUCCGAUUCGGAGUCUGA